AUGGGUUCCCAACUGGUAUCGACCGAUGCCAAGAACAAGCUGGAAGAUUUGUCGGGCAUCAAGAUCUUGCCUGGCGAAAACCCUUACCAAGCACUGAUCAACGCCUGCGGAAAUGAUCCUGCAGAAAUCCAAGCCUUGUAUCAUGCUCAUAGAACGAAAAGAAACGGCCAGCAGAGGGAGAAGUUCCUGAGUCCUGAUUACAAGGAGCUCAUCAUCGACCCUUUUCUUCUAAGACUGGAGAACCCUCAGAUGGAGCCCGGUUUCACGGAUUACAGAAACUGCUUCGUCUUCUGGGCUCGCCCGCCGGAUCAUAUCGUGAGGCUGGCGGCUCAUCUGCAGGCAUUACUGAAGAAAGUCGCCCCGAGCAUCUGGCUCAUGCCCCAGCACAGAAUGCACCUCACGACCCUCGAAGUCACACACUCCAAAACCCCGCAAGAGAUAGCCGCCCUCACCGACACCAUGCGCUCCGCGAUCCCCUACGUCACCGACUACACCUACACCCACCGCGCCCGCCUCGUCAAGCCCAUGAUCUCGCACGACCUCUCCGCCUUCGCCGUGUCCUUCCUCCCGGCCUCCGGCGAGGCCCCCACCAGCCCGCCGCCGGCACUCACCGCCCUGCAGAAGGGCGUCGUCGAGGGCGACGCCUACACGUACCACCACCUCCGCCGCGACGUUUUUGAUUUGGCCCAGUCCACGGGUGUGCAGAUCGAGAGCCGGUACCAGGUCCCCAGCGCGCAUGUGACCUUGGGCAGGUUCCUGGGCGAGGACGACCACGCAACGCCCGAGGCGCGGAGGCGGUGGGUUGAAGCUAUUGAUGAGAUUAAUGCUUGGCUUGAGAAGGAGGUUUGGGAUCGGGAGGGAGGUGAGUGGUGUGGCGAAUGGCUGGUCGGGCAGGAGAGGGGCUUGGAUGCGAGGAACGGGACAUUGUGGUAUGGCGGUGGCAGGACGAUCAAGGUUGGAGAGGGAUUCUAG